AUGGACACAAAAGACAUGAGUGAACAGGGCAAACUCUCCACCAUGGCCGUCGAAGAUGUCGGAGCAGAGAAAGCUCGCAUCGAACACUCCCAUAUGGUGAAGCCAGAUGGACUGAUCGGCAUCUCUGAAGGGGAACUCGCUUCAGUCGGUCGGAAGGCUACGUUGAAGUUGGAUUGCUUCAUCAUGCCCUGCGUCACAGUCUUGUACAUCCUCAACUACCUCGACCGACAGAACAUUGCAAGUGCCAAAUUGGCCGAUAUUGACAAAGACCUCGACCUGUCGGCCGUCGAUUAUCAGACUUGUGUCAGUAUUUUGUUCUGUGGGUACAUUCUGAUGCAAAUUCCGUCCAACAUCGUUGUUGGCAAGAUCCGGUAUCCCGCCAUCUACAUCUGUUGUGCAGUGGCUGUUUGGGGUCUCAUCUCGGCUCUUACCGCGGUCGUUCAGUCCUUCGGGGGCUUGCUAGCAUGUCGAUUCUUCCUUGGCUUUGUUGAAGCCGCAUUUUUCCCGGGGACGUUGUACUAUAUCAGUUUGUUCUACUCGAGGCGGCAAUUUGCAAUGCGGACGGCCAUUUUAUACUCGGGCUCGCAGCUAGGAAAUGCAUUCGGUGGACUCUUCGCCAUUGCGAUCCUUAACUUGGACGGCAGAGACGGAAUGGAAGGCUGGCGAUGGCUCUUUCUGGUCGAAGGAGUCAUCACCAUCGGUUUCGCCAUCAUCUUUGCGUUAAUCCUGCCCAACUCGAUCCGCAAUCUUCGAGGCUUUACCGAGCAAGAGCGGCAAUGGGUGCUGUGGAACUUUGAAUCCGAUCUCGGCCAACAGGACAAUUCCAAAGAAGUCUCGGGUCGCAAAGGCCUGAUGCUGGCGCUCAUCGACCCAAAGAUGUGGAUGUUCAUGGCCCUUUUGACUUCGGUCUACAUCUCCGCCUCGGUCAACAACUUCUUCCCUUCAGUGGUGGGCGGUCUCGGAUUUUCGAGGAACAAAACCUACGGACUCACCGCACCACCUUUUGUCCUCUGCGUGUUCUGCAUGCUGAUCAAUGGCUUCCAUUCCGAUCGCAAACGAGAGCGCUACCUCCAUAUUGUCUGCCCCUUGGCCAUCACGGUGGUUGCGAAUAUCAUUGCAGUUUCCACCCUGAACAUCGCGGCUCGAUAUGUGGCGAUGAUGUUAAUGCCAGCCUCGUUUUACUCGGCUUCGAUCGUCAUCUUGUCCUGGAUCACAGGCAGCAUGAAUCAACCAGCAGUGAAACGAGCAGCCUCGAUCGCAGCCAUUAACGCCGUGUCCAACACGCCAAACAUCUGGACCUCGUACCUCUACCGAUCUCCGCCACGCUACGUGGAAGCCUUCAGUGUCAAUCUCGUCUUCGCGGUCGUCUCGAUUAUCGUGGCCACCCUGAUUCGAUUUUACCUUCGUAAGGAGAAUGCAAAGAUGGAUCUUGGACAAGAUGUGGGCAAGAGUGGACCGACCGAGGCACAGAAAGCAGCAGGCUUCCGGUAUAUCAUCUAA